AUGUGCAUGCAGGUGAAGUUGCGCGAAGCACUUGCCAUCGUCGAGGCCUGUCGACUCUGUGACCAGUUUGGCCCUGCGACGAAGGCUGCCAGGGAGUCCGGUGAAAAGCACCAGGAGCAGUUGGCAUCAGAGCUCCAGGGCUCCAAGCUGGAACUGGCCGAGUUGUCGGUGUGCUUGCCAUGUUUCUGCAUGGAGCCGCUUCGCAAGAUUGUGCGCCAGGCUUCCCUUCAAGACGCCGAGUCUGCCCGGCAAUCAGGUCCGGAGCACUCAUGCAAAGGCACGGAGCACUUCACGAAGCCAGAAGCGUCUUGCAUUUUCCCGAUUUCUGACGACUUGCAGGCUGCCAGGGAGUCCGGUGAAAAGCACCAGGAGCAGUUGGCAACAGAGCUCCAGGGCUCCAAGCAGGAACUGGCCGAGUUGUCGGCGUGCUUGGCAUGUUUUCGCAUGGAGCCGCUCGACAGAUUGUGCGCCAGGCUUCCCUUCAAGACGCCGAGUCUGCCCGGCAAUCAGGUCCGGAGCACUCAGUGCGGGCCUUGGCAAGAAAUGGAAGCAGCCGCACACCUCAGUGAGUUGGACAGGCUUGAUGCGCAAGACGUGCAGGCUGAGCUUGAACGACUGCGUGAAGAGCUUGUGAGUGCAAAGGCUGCCAGGGAGCCCGGUGAAAAGCACCAGGAGCAGUUGGCAACAGAGCUCCAGGGCUCCAAGCGGGAACUGGCCGAGUUGUCGGCUUCCCUUCAAGACGCCGAGUCUGCCCGGCAAUCAGGUCCGGAGCACUCAGCACACCUCAGUGAGUUGGACAGGCUUGAUGCGCAAGACGUGCAGGCUGAGCUUGAACGACUGCGUGAAGAGCUUGUGAGUGCAAAGGCUGCCAGGGAGUCCGGUGAAAAGCACCAGGAGCAGUUGGCAACAGAGCUCCAGGGCUCCAAGCGGGAACUGGCCGAGUUGUCGGCUUCCCUUCAAGACGCCGAGUCUGCCCGGCAAUCAGUCUCGGAGCGUGCCGCCCACGAGUCCCAUGUGGCCCAUGAGGCCUCUGUCCAGGCAGCUCGGGACUUGGCGAGCUCUAAGUCGGAGCUGGCCGAGCUCACCGUCCUCGAGCGCUAUGAAGACGUGGAGUAUGCUUUGCAGAUUGCAAGCGAGGCAGCAGCUGAGGACCUCCUGCGGUACACGGGGAAGCGCCCGACACAAGACUGA